UGUUUUCCAAUAAUUUGGUAACUUCAAAACUGAUUUAUUAACUUAAUCGUAUUAAAAUUAUAAAAAAGAAUUAUUAUAUAACGCUCUCUAAAUAUGACUGAUGCGGACUUGAAAAAUUUAAUAUAAAACGUAAUAAUUUUUUUAAUAUAGAUAUUAUAUAUAAUAGUAAUAUUUGAAUUCGAAGUGUGUAAAUAGUGCAUCUUCAAACAAUCAAUGAAUCGUGAGAUAUUUCAACGACCGUAAUCUUCGCGAUAGAACUUUAAUUGGAUUGAACCUUAACUUACCCUUAUGCAUGGCGGAAUGCCAGGAAUUGUGCUGGAAUGAUUUACGAGGGGAAAAUCUUUCGUUCGCGCUGCACUUUAUCUAUUUUUGUCGGUGAUUUAUUUUUGUUCCUGUAAUUAUUAUCGCAUUUUGACGAUCCAUUAAAAGCAACGAGAUGCUUUUGCAUUCAGAAUCACAGUCUUUGUGUAAGCGUCAUCAAGAAUUUGCAUUAUAAUGCACUUUGUCUAAUUGAUCGUUACCGUAAAGGUAAUUUUUGCUUUGUCAAUUAUAUUAUAGUAUUAUAAUUGAUAAGAUAAAAGGAGAGAAAACGUGCAUUUCUAUGAAUUUUUUAUUGGCUUUUAUUAAUCAAUCUACAUAAGUAUAAUCUAUUAUGGAAAAAAAACAUGUAGCAAAAAAUUUCUACUGAACGAGAACGAUGAUGAAACACAAGUUUUGCUAAAGUUAGUCUUGAAAAUAUUACAAAUCACUUUUAUACGAACUUUUGUAAUGUACUUUCGCAAAGCGAGUAUUUCGUACUAAACGAAGUAUAACGUUUCUGCCAUCAAUGUAAUGGCCCAUUAUGAGAAUUAAUUUUAACGAUCUCAUUUAAUGUUGAGUUAACCUCAGCAGUGCUCGUUUCUCAGACUCAAUUAAUAGAUUUAUUUUUUAUGAGCUGCUAUUUAUUAUCUUUCCGCAACUUAAUUUUUUUAAAUUGUCAAAAAUAUUGGCAUCGAUACGCAGUAGUAUGGGUUUAAAUUUGUUCUGAAAUAUAAGAGUUACGACAAGUAUCGCCGCUGUAACAAAUGGGUACGAAACUUUUGUCAGUCUAUCGAAUAACCCAUAUGUUACUUUUCUAACAACUAUAAAGAUAGUCUCAACAAUAAAAUAGUAUCUGUCUAUAUUGUGACAUUGCUGAUCCUCGUAACUCUUUAUAAACUGGUUUGGAGUUAUCAUCCAUCUUUUCUAACUUUUCAAAAUGUACAACUAAAUUAUUUGUUAUUUCUUACUCUAAUGCUAGAUUACAAAGAAAUAUUAUUAUAAAAUUUCGUGUUUUCUUGUAUCAUUAUAUUAUUCAUACAGUGGACAGACUUAUUUAUUUGUAUGUACUUAAAAGUUUAAAAGCAUUUUAAUUCACUUUAAAUGACAUCCGAACGAAAACUUUACUAAGGGGGAGGUUAAAUACCUGUAAAAGUUUUCAAAUUGCAUGAAAAAGUUUUUACGCUAAAAGAAUAAAUCUCCUUGGUCAACAUCUUCUUAUUCAUGUAUUUAAAUCUUAAGAAGAUAUAUGGAUUAUGUGUCAAAGGGCGCUGCUCGUUUCGGUCGUUAAAUGUUGUACCGUAAAUACGUGUUUGGAGGAUGUGUUCUGAUUCAUUGCAAUGAGAGAAUAUUUCUUGGCGAAAUUGCAGAAUUUUAAAGGGCUUAUUUAUGUAAGUGAGAACUUUCGCUAACGCGUUUUUAAUACCGCAAAAAAGGAAAGCAUGGUGUACAUGGGACUCGCGGGGCAAUACUUCUCGGAGCUGGAUCCGAAUUUCAAUGACCGGCCAAGAGCAGUCGAUCCAGCUGUCCGUGCCCGCAAACUUGUGGGAAUGGAACGGCGUGACGUCAUACUGACAGCAGUUUUUGGAACACUCGGAGCUCUCGCAAUUUUAAUAGGACUCGCACUGGCGAUGUGGCUUUAUCUACGCGCUAGGAAAUCCAAGCAGCAGGAUGACGAUCUCGAGGAUCAGAAUGAAAAUGGCGAAGGUUCGAGUCAGCAACAACAAUCUACCAAGAAAAAUGGCUUUUUGAAUCUGAAGACACCUCUCAUCAGUACGAAGGCUCUUGGAGCGCAAUUAGAGACGACCGGUAGUCCCGCCAGCAAAUCCCCGGCAGGUGGUAGCGGUGGACCCACAAGCGGCGGCGGAGCCGCUGGUGGAACGGCGGCGCCAGGUAGCGGCGCCAGCAAUGCCGGAAGCGCGGAACCCCGUACACCGACCGCCGGACCGCAAAACAAGCAGCUACAGAACGUUAAGGGAGAACACCCCUCGAAAGCGUUUCUACAAAGCAGGUCUAUUUCCCUGGUCGACAUGUACAUCGAUAAUUCGGAGCCGAGCGAGAAUGUCGGCCAGAUCCACUUCAGUCUCGAGUAUGACUUCCAGAACAGCACGCUUAUUCUGCGCAUCAUACAGGGUAAAGAUCUGCCGGCGAAGGACUUGUCAGGUACUUCCGAUCCGUACGUCCGCGUGACGUUACUACCGGACAAGAAACACCGACUCGAGACAAAAAUCAAAAGACGCACGUUGAACCCGAGAUGGAACGAGACCUUUUAUUUUGAGGGUUUCCCCAUACAGAAGCUGCAGAGCAGAGUACUACAUCUGCAUGUCUUCGACUACGAUCGAUUCUCGAGGGACGACUCCAUAGGGGAAAUGUUUCUGCCGCUUUGCCAGGUCGAUUUAUCGGAGAAACCGUCGUUUUGGAAGGCUCUUAAACCACCGGCUAAGGAUAAAUGCGGAGAACUCCUGUGCUCGCUGUGCUAUCAUCCGAGUAAUUCCAUAUUGACGUUGACUCUCUUGAAGGCGAGGAAUCUUAAAGCUAAAGAUAUCAACGGGAAAUCAGAUCCGUAUGUCAAAGUGUGGCUGCAGUUUGGUGACAAAAGGAUCGAGAAACGCAAGACUCCGAUCUUCAAAUGCACCUUGAAUCCAGUAUUCAACGAGGUAUUCUCCUUCAAUGUACCAUGGGAGAAGAUUAGAGAAUGCUCUUUGGAUGUAAUGGUGAUGGAUUUCGACAACAUUGGACGAAACGAAUUGAUCGGCCGGAUUCAACUCGCAGGGAAAAACGGAAGCGGCGCGAGUGAAACGAAGCAUUGGCAGGAUAUGAUCACAAAGCCGAGACAGACCAUCGUGCAAUGGCAUCGCUUGAAGCCCGAGUAAAGGGGACGAGGUCUACCUUGAUCGACGAUAAAUGAUAUUCUAGUCGAGCGAGUCCCUUCCUCCCAUACUCUUCCCAUGUGCACUGCGCUCGUCAAAGUUACGUUAACGAGGCGACCUUUUCCUUUGCUCGAUAAUCCCCGUAACAGAUAUUUUCUCUCCCUCCUUGUACCAUUCAACGAGACUGUACUGGAUGUAUUCCCCCCGCAUCGCACUUAUUGUUAGGGCACUUAGCGGACGCUGGUCGUCGAGCAGCCGUGCCGAUCGAAUCGCGUUAAUCGCGAUUAAAACGGAAGGCAUUUUCAAAGGCGUUAUUGUUCGUUGUUGCGAGUCAUCGUGCUAACGAGUGAUAACGACGAAAAUUGUCUUAUCGUUGGUAAAACGAUGAACCGUCAAGAGUUUCGGCGCGAGACGGAAUGUUCUAAACGCAUCGUUCGAUACCGUCGAGAUAAGCCACGCUUUUUCGAAUUUCUUGAAGAAAAUUAUUAGUCGAUGGCGACGAUGGCGGCGCAUUAAGAAGAGGAAGAGAGUACCACAGCUACGAACGAAACUCGGUCUUCCGCCGUAGCGAAAUCGGAAAGCUUUUUACGUCAGGCGUUGCUCUUUUUAUUUUCAUGAUCUUCUCUGCUCU